AUGGAAUCUCUCGGUCCGCUGAGUGCUGGCAACGAUGACUGCCAGGAUGCUCGAGAAUUAGAGGAGGCAAAAGCGAAGCUGUCCCAACCUACAAAAUGGUUAAUUGAGCAGCAGACUUUGCUACAAUUUCUAACGCAACUCAAGGUCCUGUCCCGCAAGGAGACGAACCGCAAGGCAUUGGGGCAGAAAGCCAUAGCUCAGCUGCUGAAGCAUCUCAGCGAUCACUCUGUGGACACCAAGAUCCUAGCCGAGGGCGCCAACGUGGUGCUCAACGUCUGCUACGAGAGGGACAAUGUGAGGGCCUUAUUAGCAUGCGGAGGAGCGUCCACUCUGGUUGAAUUUCUGACAUCGAAAGAUGAGGAGCUUCAGGCUAAUGCCGCCGGGGCGCUACAGAGCAUCUGCUUUCAGCCGGAGGGCCGGACAGUGGUUCGCAGCCUGGGUGCCAUACCACCAUUGGUGGAUCUUCUCUCCUCCGGAUCCCUCAACGUCCGGGCACGGGCAGUUGGAGCGCUACACAACAUAAGCUCCGAUGAGGACUCCAUCCGCGUGAUUCGGCGAAGAGGGGGUAUCCGGUGGCUGGUUAGGCUUCUCCACCACACCCAGCCUUGUGUGUGCGGCUCUGCCGCGGGUGCACUGCAGAAUGUCUCACGGGAGGUCGCAAGUCGCCUUCUUAUCCGCGACAGUGAUGCGAUCAACUCGCUCAUCAAGCUGCUUCAAAGCACGGAGGUCCAAACGCAGGUUUGUGCUGCUGGGGCAUUGCUGAAUGUACUUGGGCCUGAACUUUGCGACGAAGGGAACCCUACUCCUCAAGGCUUGAAACGGCGUGAAGCUUUUGUGAAAACUAUAACCCUAAUCCUAGUGGCGAGUAUCAUUAAACAGACGGUUUUCACUAAGCAGACGAGGAAUAUUAUUGCGUCGGCGACGAAAAAUUCUAUUGCACCUGUGAUUACGAAAUCCUCUUCGCCUACUUGGCCAAAGAUGACUCCCUACCCUUUGGGCGGGAUCAGUCCAUCACGAACCCAGACUGCUCCCUCCAUUCCCAGUUAUUCUAGGUUCCGGGGUGAUGACCAUAGCCAAGUUCCGAAGCCCCCUCUCAACACAGACUGGUCUUUGGGCUUAAUACCUCCAGGUCGAAGAGCUUUGUUCCUAGAUGAAAACAAAAAUGCCAGGGCUGACAAACAAUCCAUGGACUAA